CGUUAGCGGGAACUCGAGAAGUCUUUCGCGGUUCUGUUCUGCCAAGCUGAGGGUCCUGCGUCUCCCUGCGCACCGUGACACCGAGAAGAGGUUCUGCUUGUGUGUGCCGCUGACCCAGGAGACGGGAAACAUCACCUUUCACCAUGAUGUUCGUGGUCAAAAGAGAUGGGCGCCAGGAGCGCGUCAUGUUUGAUAAAAUCACCUCCCGCAUCCAGAAGCUUUGCUACGGCCUGAACCCGGACUUUGUGGAUCCGGCUCAGAUCACCAUGAAGGUGAUACAGGGCUUGUACAGCGGCGUCACCACCGUGGAGCUAGACACGCUAGCGGCGGAGAUCGCGGCCACCCUGACGACCAAACACCCCGACUACGCCAUCCUGGCCGCGAGGAUUGCCGUCUCCAACCUGCAUAAGGAGACCAAGAAGGUGUUCAGCGAGGUGAUGGAGGACCUGUUCGCCUAUGUCAACCCUCUGAACAAACGCCACUCUCCCAUGAUCUCCAAGCAGACGCUCGACAUCGUCAUGGAAAACAAGGACCGCCUCAACUCCUCCAUCAUUUACGACAGAGAUUUCUCCUACAACUUCUUCGGCUUCAAGACUCUGGAGCGUUCCUACCUGCUGAAGAUCAACGGGAAAGUGGCCGAGCGACCGCAGCACAUGCUCAUGAGGGUGUCGGUUGGGAUCCACGGGCGAGACAUCGACGCCGCCGUCGAGACCUACAACCUCCUGUCGGAGAAGUGGUUCACCCACGCCUCUCCGACCCUCUUCAACGCCGGGACCAACCGGCCGCAGCUGUCCAGUUGCUUCCUGCUCGCCAUGAAGGACGACAGCAUCGAAGGCAUCUACGACACCCUGAAGCAGUGCGCGCUCAUUUCCAAGUCCGCUGGCGGGAUCGGCGUGGCGGUGAGCUGCAUCCGAUCGACAGGAAGCUACAUCGCAGGCACCAACGGCAACUCCAACGGGUUGGUGCCGAUGCUGAGAGUUUACAACAACACCGCUCGGUACGUCGACCAGGGCGGCAACAAGAGACCCGGGGCCUUCGCCAUGUAUCUGGAGCCAUGGCACUUCGACGUGUUUGAGUUCCUGGAGCUGAAGAAGAACACAGGAAAGGAGGAGCAGAGAGCCAGAGACCUUUUCUACGCCUUGUGGAUCCCUGACCUGUUCAUGAAGAGAGUGGAGAGCAACCAGGACUGGUCCUUGAUGUGUCCCAGCGAAUGUCCUGGGCUGGACGAGUGCUGGGGAGAGGAGUUCGAGAAGCUCUACACCAAAUAUGAGAAGGAAGGGAGAGUGAAGAGGGUGGUGAAGGCGCAGCAGCUCUGGUACGCCAUCAUCGAGUCCCAGACCGAAACCGGGACCCCCUACAUGCUCUACAAGGACGCUUGCAACCGGAAGAGCAACCAGCAGAACCUGGGCACCAUCAAGUGCAGCAACCUCUGCACGGAGGUGGUGGAGUACACCAGCAAGGACGAGGUGGCCGUCUGCAACCUGGCCUCCAUCGCCCUCAACAUGUACGUCACGCCAGAGCGGACUUUCGACUUCAAGAAGCUGGCCUCCGUCACCAAGGUAAUCGUGAAAAACCUCAACAAGAUCAUCGACAUCAACUACUACCCGGUUCCUGAAGCGGAGACUUCCAACAAGCGCCACAGGCCGAUCGGGAUCGGCGUCCAGGGUCUGGCCGACGCCUUCAUCCUGAUGCGGCACCCGUUCGAAAGUCCCGAAGCUCAGCUGCUCAACAUCCAGAUCUUCGAGACCAUCUACCACGCCGCCCUGGAGGCCAGCUGCGAGCUCGCCGCAGAGCUCGGCCCCUACGAGACGUACGAGGGCUCGCCCGUCAGCAAGGGCAUCCUCCAGUACGACAUGUGGGAGAAGACGCCGACCGACCUUUGGGACUGGAAGCUGCUGAAGGAAAAGAUCAGCAAACACGGCGUGAGGAACAGCCUGCUGCUGGCGCCCAUGCCCACGGCGUCCACCGCCCAGAUCCUGGGCAACAACGAGUCCAUCGAGGCGUACACCAGCAACAUCUACACCCGCAGGGUGCUGUCCGGAGAGUUCCAGAUCGUCAACCCUCACCUCCUCAAGGAUCUGACGGAGCGCGGCCUGUGGAACGAGGAGAUGAAGAACAAGCUGAUCGCAAACAACGGAUCCAUCCAGGACAUCAGCGAGAUCCCAGAUGACCUGAAGCAGCUGUAUAAAACCGUUUGGGAAAUCUCCCAGAAGACCGUGCUGAAGAUGGCGGCAGACCGUGGAGCCUUCAUCGACCAGAGCCAGUCGCUGAACAUCCACAUCGCUGAGCCAAACUACGGAAAACUGACCAGCAUGCACUUCUUCGGCUGGAAGCAGGGUUUGAAGACGGGAAUGUACUACCUGAGGACGAAGCCCGCCGCCAACCCCAUCCAGUUCACCCUGAACAAGGAGAAGCUGAAGGAGGUGCAGCAGAGCAAGGCCUCCGAGCAGGAGAUCAAGGAGAGGAACAAGGCGGCCAUGGUUUGCUCUCUGGAGAACAGAGACGAGUGCCUCAUGUGUGGCUCUUAGAGCUCCGUCUGUCCUGUAAACAAACCUGCUGGGACUUGAGCAGCUGGAAAGAUCGUACUUGAUCAUUUGGGUUUCAAAUGAACUUGAGGUCAAUGACCUAGUCUUAACCCUUUAAACCUGACUAGAUUUCUCCAGUUCGUGUUAAGACCCUCUUAACACCUAGAGGGACUUAAGGUGUUAAUUUUGUUUUUUAUAAAAUAAAAAAAAAUUGCAACUGG